AUGCCUCCUACUACCGUAAACAGGAAACAGUACGAUUAUUUGGUUAUUGGGGGAGGAAGUGGUGGACUAGCUUCAGCUAGACGAGCAGGUAGUUAUGGUUUAAAGGUUGGUUUGAUAGAAUCAAGUGGGCGUUUAGGUGGAACUUGUGUGAACGUCGGUUGCGUUCCCAAAAAGAUCAUGUUUAAUACCGCUUCUGUUAUGGAAUCCCUCCAUGAUGCAAAGCAAUAUGGUUUUGAUUUACCAUCAAUUCCAAAAUUCGAUUGGAAUUAUCUCAAGCAAAAGCGAGAUGCAUAUAUAAAACGUCUCAAUGGAAUUUAUUUAAAUAACUUAAAUAAGGAUAAAGUCGAUUACAUUGAGGGAAACGCUAGUUUCGUAAGCAAAAAUGUUGUGAAAGUGGAACAUAAUGGAAAUAUUGAAGAAAUCGAGGCAAAAAAAAUAUUGAUUGCUACAGGUGGACAUCCACAUAUUCCUCAUGAGAUACCUGGUGCUAAACUUGGUAUUUCAAGUGAUGGUUUCUUCGAUCUUGAAGAGCAACCAAAAAGAGUUAUGGUCAUUGGGACUGGGUACAUUGGUGUUGAAUUAGCUGGUAUAUUUAAUACUUUAGGUAGUGAUACUACAAUUGUUUCCCGUUCAGGUGAAAUUUUACGUCAUUUUGAUCCAAUUAUCAAAGACACACUUCUUGAUCAAAUAAAAAAGGAAGGUUUACGAGUUUUAACCCACGGUCAUGUUCAAAGUCUUACGCGUGAUUCACCAGAUGGACCCAUUAAGGUUCAGUUUAACUCAAAAGAAACUAAUGACACGACUGAGGAAUUUGAUACUCUUUUAUGGGCGAUUGGAAGGGAACCAAAUACUAAAAAUUUAAAUUUAGAAAAUACUAGCGUUAAACUAAAUGAUGACGGUUAUAUUAUUUGUGAUGAGUAUCAAAAUACGUCUGAUGAGGAAAUUUAUGCUCUGGGGGAUGUUUGCGGAGUUGCACAAUUAACGCCUGUUGCAAUCGCAGCUGGACGUCGAUUGUCAGACAGACUUUAUGGUGGUCCAAUGUUUACUAACUCCAAACUUGAUUACAAUAAUAUUCCUACUGUCAUAUUUCAUGGUACUUGUGGAGCAGUGGGCCUUACUGAACCAGAAGCUCAAAAAAAAUUUGGCAACGAAAAUGUUAAAGCUUACACUUCCAAGUUUGUAAAUUUGUAUAAUUCAAUGACAGAGCACAAACCAGUAACAGCGUAUAAACUUGUUGUUGUUGGUAAAGAAGAAAAGGUUGUUGGUGUUCAUCUCGUUGGACGGGAUUCCGCUGAAAUAUUACAAGGAUUUUCGGUUGCCGUAAAAAUGGGUGCUACAAAAAAUGAUUUUGACAAUACAGUUGCAAUACAUCCUACAGCCGCUGAAGAAUUGGUAACAAUGAGAUGA